AUGAAUACCCACCACAACGCCCACUUCUGCGCCACUCAAAGUAAUAUCACCCUCCUCGUGUUGCACUUCGACGACGAGCGCAACCCCUACAGCACCUUUAUGCACUUGCAGGAGCGGCUAUUGGACAAUUUCAUAGACUACCGUUCUUAUGUUGGCCUCCAGGAAAGGCUGCAGUCUGGUUACCUGUCUGCUAGGGAGACUAGUGACCUGCAAGAAAUCAAAAGAGAGCAGGAGCAGCUCAGGGAGGAGGAGGGGGAGAUACCUAGGUGGAUUAUAAGGAACUGUAAGUGGUAUGUAGGACAGAGGGAAGCGUUGGAGAGGUAUAGAGAGGGGCUUCAGAAAACCGUUUUCAGAAGGCUUGAUGAGAUGCCUGUCUCUCAACUAAUCAGUUGGUUAUUACUGCUGGCGAGUUGA